GCGUUGUGCCUUAAAGCUUUCACGUUGUGGUCCUGAGCUCUCAGACUCUACCUGCUGUGGGAUUUCUUUUGAAAAUCUCUCCCUAGUGUUUAUUGUCACUGCAGCACAGAGGAGGAAGUUUGUCCCGCGCACUCAGGCGAUGGCGGAAGGCUCGUGCGCUUGAACGGACGCCGGACUGCUUUUCUUCUUUCUCGACCUUGUGCGGGGAGCAGACGCCGGUUUUCCCGCAGGCGCUCGUGCGGCGAUGCUGAACCUGCCCGCGAUGAUUGAGGUGUCGAUCCCGUCUCUGCACAGGGAAGUGGACGAGUCAGGGAAGUCACGCAAACUCUUCAGGUUGGAGAUUUUGUUCAAUGGAAGGAAGCACUUUGUUCUGCGGCGGCAGAGCGAUUUCCACAUGUUGCACCGGAAACUCAAGAAGAUCCUGCAGCUGCCUGAAUUCCCCAGCAAGAGGACCCAGCUGCGCACUAAACCCCUGGAGCAGAGACGGCAGGAGCUGGAGGACUACAUACAGGUGAUCCUGUAUAAGAAUGAAAUGGUUCCUCAGGAGCUGCUGGAUUUCCUGGAGGUGAAACACUUCCACACGGCAAACAAGAUCUGUGGUUUUCGUGAAGAACAGCAGAAGGACACACAAGAACAGGUGAAAAGCUGUGAGCUGCUCCAUCAGAGAGUGGUGGGUUUCUCAUGUGACCCCUAUCUCCUUGCCUCCGAGUCAGAUCUGCCGGACGUGGUUGUAGCCGGUGUCCUGCAGGGCUUCUUCCCCAGAGACAAUAAGGUGGGCUUUAGGACAUGCUCCAAGCCCAGCAUUAGGCAUGUUCGCAGACUUCCUUCUAUUCCCUCCAUCGUCAUAGACAGAGCCAGCCUGAGCUCAUUACCAGAAGCGCAGACAACCUGAGACACGGGACAGGUACCUUUUCCAACACUGACCAGACUGACCAGGGCUGGUGGAAAUGGUGCUUUUAUUAUUGGAAUAAAAUCCCUCAGCAUUGAUAUGGCUUCUGUUAGGGUCAUCUCUGUAAGGCAGGAAGGGGAAAGCCAGUACUGUUUACAUAUUCUGCUAGGUUUGGAACUUGGAGUGUUCUGGAGAUUUGGUAUCUCUCGCUCAUGCACUUUCAGUAUGCGCUUUAUCCUGGUCAGGGACACGGUGGAUCCUUUCCUGGAAGCACUGGGUGUGAGGCAGGAAUACACCAUGGAUGAGAUGACAAUCCAUCUCGGAGCACCAUGCAUGCGCACACAAACAUUCAUACCUUUAUCUUAGACAAUCCAACUACCAGCAUAUUUUUGGAAGAGAGGAAGAAACUGGAGAACUCAGAGGAAACUCACAUGGACACGGGGAGAACAUGCACAUGAACCCAAGUUCAGGAUCAAACCCAGGACCCCGGAACUGUGAAGCUACAGUGCUACCCGCUGAAUCUGAUUUAUGAUUAAUUUAACAUUCAUAUGAUAUUGAUGUAAUUUAUCUUCAAUGUUCUUUCAUCUUUAUUUUAAAGUUUUACUAAAAUUUGAGAAAUGUGAAAUGUGAAACCUGAGCUUGGCUCACUUCAGUAAACAUUAAAUAUAUAAUUUAUAUUACAGAAAGAAUAUUUCAGGUGAUUUUGACCAGUGUUUGGUCAAAAUUGUUUUAAAAAUGACUCAUUUACAAAAGAAAAUAUAAAUUUGAAAGCAUUUUUGUCCACCACAUUACCUCUAUAUUGUAUUUGCACACACCUGACAUUCAGAGGAUCCUCAAGCAUGUGAAGAGGCUUUUAUGUUUACUGUUUUAUUUUGUGUAUUUUAAGUACAUUUACAAUUGGUAUUGCUAUAAAAUAAAAAAAAAAGAUGGCCUGGGAUAAUGGAAUUAACAGAACAAGAGGGUAAGAGAACGUCUCUGUUGUAACUUGGAGGAGUUACAAGACUUCCACUGUAACAUCCGAAUCAAUGAAUGUUGAUUUAUUUCAUUCCUAGUCUGUUUGUACUAAUUUUAACAGUCAGUACUCUGCUAAUCCAUAAACUAAUCCACUCACUUCACUUAUAUUUAAACCCAUGUGGUUUCUUGUGUAAAUAUUUCCUAAAAGAAACAGUGAGUGUGUGUUCAUGGUCUGUGGUGUGAAUAUUAAAGUGAGGCACACAGA